CCACUCAACCAGACUUGGAACGAGAACGCGCAACCGGUGGACUGGGAUGGGAUGCUCCUGUGCAGUCGAUCCACCCCUUGCCCGGGCAUUGGUGUGAGAUACUGCAAUAAUCUCUCAUCCUCAUACUCCUGACGCGUCAGUCCUAAUCAUGGAUGCCUAUUCUUGAUCGAUGCACAGCUCCAUCCGCUACUUAAAUACUGCUUGAAGAUCGCUUCCUCAGUUGCAACAACCAUUCUUCCAUCAUCAAGAUGCGUCUCUCCCUUCUCCUGGCGGGUGCCAUUAACCUGGUCGCCACGCAGGCUAUUUCGGCCUCGCACUGUACUCCCGAAACCUUUACUCCUCAUCUUUCAUCCAAUGCCUCUCUGGUCUACGCAGUUCCGUAUGGCCCCAAUGAUACCUUUGUUGGUCCGUUGGGCAACUAUUCCGGUCUCCCCGAGUACUGCGCUGUCUAUGUCAAUGUGAGCUCGUCCGCGACGUCGUCCUUUGAGUUCGGCCUCUGGCUGCCCAUCAACACCUGGAACAAGCGCUACAUGGCUUACGGCAAUGGCGGCUUCACCGGAAUGAUUGCGUUUGCCGAUAUGGCCCCCGGUGUCAACUACGGCUUUGCCACCGUUUCCACCAACACUGGACACAACUCCUCCGUGACCCAAGCGGGUGAUGCACCCUGGGCUCUCAACGACCCUGAGACCCGUACGGACUGGGGAUGGCGUGCACUCCACGGCUCGGUUGCUCUUGGAAAGGAGCUUACCGAAGCCUUCUAUAACGAAGACAUUACCUACUCUUACUACGCUGGCUGCUCUACCGGCGGUCGUCAGGGCCUCAAGUCCGUUCAGAUGUUCCCUGAGGAUUUUGACGGUGUCCUUGCCGGUGCCUGCGCCUGGUGGACUACUCACCAGCAAAACUGGGAUCUCAAGCUCGCCACCUACAACCUCCCCAACAACGCCAGCCACCACAUCACCGAGACCCAAGUCGAUGCCCUUGCCGCUGAAGUCCUCCGCCAAUGCGACGGAGUUGAUGGUGUCGAAGACAACAUUAUCAUGAACGGAUACGCCUGCGAUUUCCGUCCCGAGACCCUCCUUUGCGAUGGUCCCUCUGCCAACACGUCUACCUGCUUCACCGCCGACCAGAUCGACACUGUGUACAAGAUUUACGCCCCGUGGGUCGAGACGAACGACACUCUUGUCUUCCCCAGCUUCGCUUACGGUGCCGAAACCCAGUUCGCUCAGAUGAUCAUGACCGACGACGACGAGCAGGACAGCCCGAGCGGUAUUGCCUAUCCCCGUGACUUUGUCUACAACGACGCCGACUGGCCCUGGCAGAGCCUGGAUUACUCGACCAUCCAACUGUCAGACCGUCUCGAUCCCGGUAACGCCACCGCCGACGACUUUGACCUCCGCCCGUUCAAGAAGAACGGCGGCAAGCUCAUCCACUACCACGGGUUUGCUGACGGGGAGAUCCCCACCGGCUCCAGUAUCUACUACUACAAACAGGUCCAGAAGACUCUUAUUCCGCUGGGUAUCGAUCUCGACGACUUCUACCGUUUCUUCCUGAUCCCGGGUAUGGAACACUGCCUGGACUCGGUGCAUGAUGCCCCGUGGUACAUUGGCGCGGCGAACCAGCCCGGCGGUUUGACCGGCACCAAUAUCUGGGGUGUGCCUGGAUACCGUGACCGGAAGCAUGAUGCGAUCCUGGCGCUGAUGGCGUGGGUGGAGCAGGGUAUCGCUCCUGAAGAGCUGAUUGCCACGAAGUUUGUGGACGAUACUCCUGCCGAGGGUGUGCAGGCUCAGCGCCGUCUCUGUGUCUAUCCUAAGGAGGCCAAGUAUGUUGGUGGUAACUGGAACGAGACCAGCUCGUUUGAGUGCAAAUGAUCCUGCUUUUGACCGUGCCAGAUCGUCUGGCUGGAUCUUGCCCAAGGGUGCACAGGCUUCAUUAGUUCAAUUGUAUAGUAUACUUACAUAGCGUAAUUGACUGGGCUUUAGAG